CUUGCCCCCUUCCUUUUCAGCCUCCCGCGCGGGGGAGGCUCCACAGACCAGCGGACUGGGAACCGAUAUGGCAGCGACUCUGGGCAGCGCAGAGCGCUGGACAGAAGCUUACAUUGAUGCAGUUAGAAGAAACAAAUACCCAGAAGACAGACCUCCUGAAAGUCAUGAUCCCUGUGGUUGCUGUAACUGCAUGAAGGCACAAAAGGAAAAGAAGUCUGAGAAUGAGUGGAAUCAGACCCGGCAGGGUGAGGGGAGCACCACUUAUACUGAAGAGCAGCUGCUUGGAGUACAAAGGAUCAAGAAAUGCAGAAAUUACUAUGAAAUUCUGGGAGUUUCGCAAAAUGCCAGUGAUGAAGAGCUUAAGAAAGCUUACCGAAAACUUGCCCUGAAAUUUCACCCUGACAAGAACUGUGCUCCUGGAGCAACAGAUGCUUUCAAAGCAAUAGGAAAUGCCUUUGCAGUCCUGAGCAAUCCUGACAAGAGACUCCGCUACGAUGAAUAUGGAGAUGAACAGGUGAUUUUCACUGCCCCUCGAGCCAGACCUUAUAAUUAUUACAGAGACUUGGAAGCUGACAUCACUCCAGAAGAGCUAUUCAACGUCUUCUUUGGAGGACAUUUUCCUACAGGAAAUAUUCAUAUGUUUUCAAACGUGACAGAUGACACCCACUAUUAUCGCCGGCGGCACCGACAUGAGAGGAUGCAGACACAAAAGGAAGAGGAGGAAGAUAAACCUCAGACUACAUAUUCUGCAUUCAUUCAGUUACUUCCAGUUCUGGUGAUUGUGAUUAUAUCUGUCAUUACUCAGCUACUAGCUACUAAUCCCCCAUAUAGUCUAUUCUAUAAAUCGACCUUGGGCUACACCAUUUCUAGAGAAACCCAGAACAUGCAGGUGCCUUACUUUGUGGAUAAAAACUUUGACAAGGCCUACAGGGGAGCAUCUCUGCGUGACCUGGAGAAGACGAUAGAGAAGGAUUACAUUGACUACAUCCAGACAAGUUGUUGGAAGGAGAAACAACAAAAGUCGGAGUUGACAAAUUUGGCAGGAUUAUACAGAGAUGAACGAUUGAAACAGAAAGCAGAGUCGCUGAAACUUGAAAACUGUGAAAAACUUUCCAAACUUAUUGGCCUGCGCAGAGGUGGCUGAGAGGAUGGUAGUCCUGUGCAGGGUUGGGGUUUUGCUACUUGUUACUAUUUAUGUUCCUAAUUCCAUUUUAUAAUACAAAAUUAGGAAAUGACGAACAUUUUACAAUUUGCUAAUGUUGUUUGGUGGGCAGAGUUGAAGGCGCUUGAGCAUGGAGCCAGACUUGUCAUCAGAGGAUCCUUCCUGGGGAUUAGCUCCGGGGGCCAGGAACAGUUCAUCUAAACUGAAUUAAUGGCAAAGCAUUUGAUUCAGCCCCCCUGUUCCAUGCCCACCGUGCCUCGAAGAAUGUAGUUCAGGGCAUCCCACAGCAGAUUCAUGUUUUCUUCCUUCUUCCCUUCUCCAGUGAAGUCUCAAUACCCAGUCAUUCCUAGGCGUAGCCAAAGCAGCUUAACAUUAGUUGUUUACAAUGUGCACCAAGAAUUACAUCUCUCCCUUAUUAGAGUCAUCAUCUCCCCUAGAAUUCAGCCUUUGGAACAUGCUCCUAGUCAGCUUUCUAUUUUCUAAGGGGAAUGUGGAGAAAUGUAAACUAUUGUAGUCAAUAGUUUUCUAUUUGCCUAAUCUCUGUUCAGAGUUACUAGCAUUAACAAACUGCCUGAUUUGAGUUUCUUUUACUUCCUUAACCCUCUCUCUUAUAGAGGGUCCAGAAAUUAAAAGCUAUUGAGUGAAACAGUUCAAUGGACAACUCAGCAGCAGGAAGCAGGGGCCGGGGUGAAGACAAAAUGCAAGACUGAGUCUCAGCUUCUCAGUACAGGUUUCCAGUCCAUCAUAGAACCCAGAGAAUGUUCUUUUUGUCAUUUCCCCUUGCAGCAUCACACUUGAGCUGAGUCCCUACACCCCACAGAGGUACAGUGGUCAGACUUAAGAGGAGGCAUUGCCAGCCAAGUGGGCUAUUUGCUCAAGCUUAGAGAUAGAAGAGAAAGACUCUCUUUCCGUGGCUAUGGGGGUCUGGUCUUGGCCCCAGCAGUCACUUUGUUUAACCCAGUGCCCUGUAGUUUGUGAUAUAAGAUGCUUUUCCAUGUAGUCAACAUUUAUUAAGUGCCUCGUAUGAAGCAGGGACUCUCACAUAUAUUUUCUUACUUUAGCCUCCUCACAACUCUGUAAAGUAGACAUGUUAUCCCUGUUUUUAUGAAUGAGAACUUUGGCCCAGAGAGGAUGAAUGGUUGACCUGGGUCGCACAACUGGUAGUGGCAGAGCUAGAUGGUAGGCUGAUUAUCAAGUAGAAAGUGUGAGAUCAUCCCAUUUCUCAGAUGAUUCUAGUCAGAUUGAUAAAGCAGGAUCUUUCCCAAGGAUGUCCCUGUCCCCCCUGACCCUGUGACCCUGUAUCCUUUCAAUGGCAGUCCUGCAUCCACUCAGAACAUCUUCCCCCUGGUCUUUAGGAAGGAAGACCCUCUCUACACCAAUUCUGUAUACAAAACAAGAGGUUCCUCAAAGGCAAGCAGCCCUUCCCACUGGCGACAAAGAAGUGGUAAGUUGUUGCCUGGGCUACAUGAUUCUGGGCCUUCAUGCGAAGGCAAGCUACCAGGAUCGAGCUGUCUUGAGUAUCAUGAACCUGAACCUGGAAGGAUUAGCAGGGGACUGUAGUCUACCCUCUAUGUUUUCUUCAGGAUAGAAGAAAAGUUCCUGUUGGAAGGAAAGUCUACCUUAAAACUGAUUUCCAAAGUAGAGUUUCUCCUUUCAGAUGCAUAGCUACGAUUUUGGCAGACAUGUCUAGCAUGGUUCAACAUGUGGGCUUGCCAUAGGGUUAGGAGAUGGGUCCAGAGGUAAAGAGUGGAGCUUUGGUGGCUGUAGGAAACAACUGCCUAGCUGUGCGGAGGAGGGGAAGCUCCAGAGAUGGCCAGAUUUUGCUGCCCAAGUAAGUUUAUCCUCCUGGUUUUGGGGGGCUUCCUUGAUCCCCUGUGAGUGACUAAGAGGAUUUAGUCUAUAAAAUGUGCCUGUGAGCCAAGCAGGCUUAUGGGAAGUUUUCCUAUACACACAAAAAUCAAAGCUCUCCUCUUCCCAACACCAACCUCUGCUAGAAAAUGGGCCAUAAUUAAAUUGGCUUGACAGCUUAAAAGACCCAGCUCUAGAAACCCAUGAAUAGCGUAGUCACACAUUUUAUGGAUUUCAUGGCAGAGAUGAGUUAUCUGUGAUGAUACUAAAUAGAGGCAAUGCUAACCAACUCCAUUAAAUGUCAAGUCUAUUGUGUGUGUUUAUAGCAUUGAUGGUACUGUUUUAUUUAUUACCUAAUAGACCACAACACUCACAUCUGGUUUUCCUCCAGGGAAUGGUAUUUGCUUUUGGUUGAAGAAUAGUUUAUUUGGUACGGUCCAGAAUAUUGUUAAACUAUAAUUUCCUGGGUUAUAUUUUAGAUGGAUUGUCUGCAUGGUGGUAAAAUAAGCGUUUCCUCUUGCCUACAUUCUUUGGAGGGUUUCCUGACCAUAUAUAAACUCUUUAGGUAAGGCUUAUUCUUGCUGUCAGACUUGGCGUGCAGCUCUAGACCAUUUCUGUGAGCAUUAAUGCAGAUUGGAGACAUGUGAUAGGAGAGGGGCUAAGCACUAGGGCUUGAGGCUCAAGCAGAAACUAAGCUCGCAUUCAUUAGAAGGAAAGUGCUCUGUGCACUGCAUGAUCAGCAGUGAGGAGGGGAAGAUGAAAAUCCUUCUCACCACAAACAACACUGCAGCUUGAAGGAAUCUGUGUCCCCAGAUUAGUAACAUUGGGGUUCAUCUGCUCAAACCAGAAAACUUCUGAACUUCCUUGAUCAGGCUUAACAGCUUGGGAGAAGUGACCAAUAAGAAAAUGCCAUUGCUAUGCUUUCUGUUGGAAACUAUUAGAAAUUAACACUGAACUCCAAACCCCACUGGAACAUGGAAUCCAGCAGCCUGGCCAAGCGAUGUGUUAUUCUCAUUUUCGUCCUCACACUCAGGACUGGCUUUGUGAGGAGGCACUGUUGGAUUCCAGAAGCUUUCUGUUACAAGUGGCCACACACACAAGUUCAUUGUCUCUGCAUGCACUCUUCCUCACAGGAACUGGCACUUAAUUAGUAUUUAUUUUGGAUUUAUUUAAGAUGUAAGCUUAGUGUCCUACUAUGUGUAUUUUUGGAAAGGGCCAAGUUACUACACAGCUUAUUUUUUGAGCUUGCCAUCAUUGAUACCUCGUGCAGUGACCACCAAGUAACUAUAUACCCAUGUGUUAGAUAUUGAUUACAUGAUUUGCAUCACACUCAGUAUUUAGAAUUAAAGAUGUGAAUGUUCUCUGACCAGAGCCAGGUUUUACACAAAUGGAAUCAACUCCUGGUGGAGUAUGAAUCCUGAAAAUCUGGUCACCUGAUCCACUGCAUCUGGAUUGAGUGUAUUUUAACAGAGAAGGAAAUUAAACGAUUUUGUAUAAAAAGAAUGGCUUUAUAUUUUUCCUUUGUUCUUUUACCUUUGUCCAUGGCACCCUUGGGCACUGCAUAUUGCCUGACUCCCUUGGAGCCACUUAGGACUAGAGAAGGUAUUGACCUCUGCUCCAGUCUUCCCUCAUCCAUCAGCGGAAUUAUUGGUUUCUAGAACAAUAGACAGCAUUGGUGGUAUCACCGAUUCCAUAUUUAUUUUCUAUCAAAUAAUAGCAGCUGCAGCAUAUUAGAGCCAAUAUACAGAUCAACUCUACUUAGCAUCUGAAAAUCAUGUGUUAUCCCAAUUUCCUUGCUGGCUUUGUUCCUAAUUGCCCAUAUUUAGGAAAUAUUCAUUUAAAAAUACAGUACAUGGUCAUAAUAAUACCUUUCAUUUGAAGAAAGAUUGAGAUGAGAUUCAAUUCAGCAAAGAUGGAGAACUUACUAUGUGCCAGGUGGGCUGGGCUUUUGGGAUGGAGGUCAGGGAACAAAUGAGACCCAGUCUAAGGUUCCUGGAGCUCACAGCUAAUGGGGAAGUUAACUUUAGACAAUGUUCCCCAGUGGGAUAAAUGUCAAAGGAGAGACCAAGGGAACUCUGGGAAUCUAUAACAAAGGGAUUAAUCCAGUAUGAGGUAUCAGUGAAAGCAAUUCUGAAAAAAAGAGAAUUGAAACAUAAUCACCCUUCAUACAGAGUGCAGGGAUUUUUUUUUUUUUUUGGCAGGGAAAGAGUCACCCUAAGCUAACAUCUGUUGCUAGUCUUCCUCUUUUUUUACCCCCUCCCCAAAGCCCUAGUGUAUGGCUGUAUAUCCUAGUUGUAAGUCCUUCUAGUUCUUCUUUGUGAGCCACCGCCACAGCAUGGCAACUGACAGAUGAGUGGUGUGGUUCUGCGACUGGGAAACAAACCUGGGGUGCCGAAGUGGUGACAGCGUUGAACUUUAACCACUAGGCCAUCAGGACUGGCUCAAGUUUUCUUUUUUUUAAUGGAGAUUGAAGCAACACUGUUUGGGUGCUUCCAUUUCCAUGAGUAGCACCACCAUCCAUCCAAGUACAAAAGCCAGAAACCCAGGAAACUUUGUGUGGUAGACUUAAUUUGGUGUCCCUCAAUGGACUACACCUAAUAUUCAUGCCCUCAUGUAGUCCCCUUUCUGAUCUGGGCUGGUUUUUGAUCUUUAACCAAUAGAAUGUGGCAAAGCUAGCAGCUUCCAUUUUUGCACUUAGGGGAGGACGCUGCCAUGUAAGUCCAAGCACCCUGAGACCACUAAGCUAACCACAUGGAGAACCAAACAACUGAGCUGGCCACGAGAACUGAGAACCCAGACAUAUAAUCCAAGCCAAGAUGUUUGUGCCACCCCAGCUGAUGGUCAGAGCAGAAAUGAGCUGCCCCACCAAUCCCUGUUCAAACUGCAGAAUUGUGAGCAAAUAAUAAAAUGGUUGCUGUUUUAAGCCAUUACA